AGUCGGCACUCCACCCACUCCACCAAAACAAAAUCACAUAACAUUUUUUGUGAAAAAAGGGAGUUCGUGUGUUAGAUUAGUUAAAUUAAGUACAAAAACUUUAAUUAACUAUUUAUUUUGUUGCAAAAACAAUUAAUGUUUCACGUUCGCUCAGUUAUCAAUAGGUUAGCUACCAAUGGAAUACUUCGAUCCGAUGCGGUGGCCUGGGCACGAAUCGCCUGUACAAACGGUUCCUACGUCAGCCAACAACGUUCGUUCCAAGCUAGUUCCAGCAACCAUAAACGGCGGAAAACUGCCGAGGAAAAGAAAGCGCCCCGCGUGAUUGAGUUUGCUGCGAAGAAAAAGAACAAACAAACCACUGGAGUCGUAGAUGUUUGGCGCAACAUGACGGUGGCUGAAUUGGCCAAAUCGUGCGAGCUGGACGUUGAGCACAUUCAGGAGGUCAUGCUGUACGUAAAAGGAGCGGGAAACAUCGAUGCGGAUGCCCAACUUGAGGAUCAGAAAAUCAUCAAGGAAAUUGUGACCAAGUGUGGGCUGAGAAUGAAAAUUGUUGCUGCACCAAGCACGGUUAAAGAGGAAAUAAAAGAUCGAGAUGUUCUGCCGAGGCCGCCUCCUGCACAGGAGAAUUUGAAGGAACGUCCUCCGGUGGUGACGGUUAUGGGCCACGUGGAUCACGGUAAAACGACGCUGCUGGAUUCGUUAAGAGGAGCGUCAGUGGCGGCUAGUGAAGUAGGAGGAAUAACGCAACAUAUCGGUGCAUUUACGGUGGAGUUGGACAAUGGAGAACGCGUUACUUUCUUGGAUACGCCAGGUCAUGCGGCGUUUAGUGCCAUGCGGGCCCGAGGCGCUAACCUGACCGAUAUCAUUGUGCUUGUCGUGGCAGCCGAUGAUGGAGUUAUGGAACAGACCAAAGAGGUUUUGUACCUGGCGAAAGAAGCGAAUGUUCCUAUAAUAGUGGCGAUCAAUAAGAUUGACAAACCGGGUUCCAAUCCGGAUAGGGUAAAGAAGGAAUUGGCACAACAUGGGAUAGCGCUGGAAGGAUUCGGAGGAGAUACGAUUGCCGUCGGAGUAUCUGCUCUGAAGGGCACCAAUCUGGAGGAGUUGACUGAAGCAGUAAGCACGCAGGCCACUAUGAUGGGCUUGAAAGGGGAAUAUGUCGGUCCAUCGGAAGGGGUUGUGGUCGAAUCUAAACUCGAUUCCCAUCGGGGAAAACUUUCCACCGCUAUAGUCACUCGAGGCACUCUCCGCAAAGGAAGCAUUUUGGUUAGCGGACUAGCCUGGGCGAAAGUUCGAGGGCUAUUUGAUCACGCCGGGCAGCCAGUAUCCGAAGUCACACCCGGCAUGCCCGUUGAAAUUCUCGGAUGGCGAGAACUUCCGAUGGCCGGGGAAGUGAUCCUCGAAGUCGAAUCCGAAAAGGUAGCCAAUUCGGUAAUGCGGUGGCGAGAGGCUCAAGCAAAACAGGAAAAAGCCGAAAGCGACAAGGAUGCCAUCCUGCAGAAGCAGAAGGAACACGAAGAAAAGUACAAGACUGAGAGGGAGCAACAUCGUCUGGCUGGUUUCUAUCGAAGGCGAAACAAAGGACCCCGUCCGAAGGAAUCUGCACCGGAUGAUCCGACCCCUCGGGUGAACGUCAUCAUCAAAGGUGACGUUCAUGGUUCUGUGGAGGCCAUUUUGGACGUCUUGGAAACCUACGAUGGAACUGAAAACUGCCGGUUAGAUGUGGUUCACUAUGGCGUGGGCGACGUAAAUCAAGGAGAUUUAGAGCUUGCUCGGUUGUUCAAGGCCGUAGUUUAUGCAUUUUCUGUGAACGUUCUUGAUAAGGCCAAGGACGUGGAAAUUCGACCGGUAAAUAUCAUCUACCGAUUAGUGGACGAUCUCAAGAAAGAAAUCAAUUCCAAACUACCUAUGGUGGACGAAGAGGAAACGCUGGGCGAGGCGAACAUUCUUCAGCUCUUUGACAUAAACGAAGGUCGGAAGAAGGUAGCCGUACUGGGUUGCCGGUGCACAAAGGGUGUGCUUAAGAAAGCGUCCAAGUUCAAACUGUUGCGCAAUGGGGAGGUCGUUGUGGAUGACCUUGUACUGGAUUCGAUGAGGCAUCUUAAGAACGAGGUGGACACGGUUAAAAAAGACGUAGAGUGUGGGUUGCGGUUUUCGGAUCAGGACGUAGAGAUGAAAGCAGGCGAUACGGUGGUGUGUUAUAAGAUUAACAAGGUGCCUCAGGAGACGGAUUGGGAUCCGGGAUUCUAGCUUAUACGACUUUAGCAAAGUAGAAACAUUAUGCAGUUGGGAGUAAGU